AUAAACUCAAGUACGGUGAAAUUGUAGAAAAUGUCAGCGGCGAUUCAUGUGUUUAAAAGUUGGCGUUUGUUAAAACAUCCUCACUAAUCUUCGAGUCUGGCUGAAAUCAAGUGGUAUUCAAGACAGUGUGAGAAGACGAAAGCGAUGAAAUUUUGUGCGCUCAUCUUUCUGGUUUAUCUCGCAAUUGGCGCUGUUGCUGGCAAGAAAAACAAACUUUGCAGCAAAAUAUUGGACAAGUUGUCAGAUCUUGAGGACCUGAUUAACAAGAAACAGGACUGCUGCGAACCAAGUAAGAUGUAGAAGAUCGUUUCUGUUGUUUUUAACGUCACCGCUUUGUCGGUCCGUCGGUUCUGAAUUUUGGUUGGAUUAAAAGUUAUUGUUAACAUAGUUUGGAAAAUCCACAUUUAUCCAGUUAUGACUGAUUACCUUAUAGUUUUUCUCAUCUCAUACCUGCAGAGCCUGUCACGCCCCCAAGUUCCUGCAAAGAAAUAUACGACAAAGACAGGUAAGGAACGAACGAUCGUUAAAUUUGUGCCUGAGCGAGGGUGGAUGGCAAACAAACAUAUCAUGAAAAUCCUUUUACAAGAAAAGUGCGCAAAAGAAAACAACGUUGUAAAAAGCUAGAAAAAAGAAAGAAAAAAAGAAAAACAUGCAUGCAAAAUUUGAACGCAAAAUAAUUUAUGCCAGUUGAGAAUUUCACAUCUCGUCUCCGUUGCAUCUAAGGAUCAGUAAUUAUUAAUCACCAACGGGGGUCAUAGCAAAAUUUAUCUUAGCCCCCUCAGGCUCUGUGGUUAUCUGAUGACCCCACCCUCAUUGGCAAUUAAGUUUCUACAGUUCCCCUUUUAUACUCUGAUAGCGUAGACUGACCACCCCCCCCUCGGUUGCUCUCUAAAAACCUUGUGUUCCGCCUUAACUCUCCGACAUUCCCCCCCUUCUCUUUUCCCCUUCUAGCCUGGCGCUGACUAUUGAUUGCUCUAUUAUGUCUCAGAGAGUUCCGGUUUUUAUCCAGGGAUUUAUAUUUUUCCUAAUCGAUACCAGGAAUUGUGUGAGCGAUUCAAGAGAAUAUGAAGUAGACUGGAUUUGUUGGUUUUGUUCUCUUAUAUCGUGCUAGCGCGGCUCUGAGCUCCUAUUUGGCUGCACAUGUAACAAGCUCUCACCCGUUGGAAAUUUUAAGACGUCUCCGGCCUAUUAUCCCUGAUUUUGUUUAUCUCAGUAUUAUUCUCACUGACUGCAAUAGCGCCAAGCCAAGAAAAAACUUCUCCGCACGUAUUCUUUACGAUGUCACGCUGCGCUGCUUCUUUUUUGCGUUGCGUGACAUUCCAAAGAGCUACCGCGUAAGAUUCAAAGAACAUAACACACUGAUACUUUCUUAUUAGUGCCAGCCCAAACAAGGCGUAUGACCUCAAGCUAGGCGAUAAAGAUGUGUCUGUGUACUGUUCCAUGAGUGGGGAGCUUGGAGACUGCGGUGGUGGGGGAUGGACACUGGUCAUGAAGACUGACGGUGCAAAGGUAUUUCAAACAUGUUCAAGGUUUCAAAACCCUACCAACUCAUUGUUUUUUCGAAUGUAACGAAUGGAAACUUUGAUUCGUUUCUCUCACUCCUGUUUGUUUCCCAUAGUCUCUCUUAAAUCAGUGAAUGUUUUAUGGAGCACAUUAAAGGUCUUCGCUCAACCAGGAUGCAAUGCGGGCGUAGUGAACAUUCUCAGUAUUUUCUGUAUAAUAAUCUACUUGCCCUUCUAAUUGGCUGAAAACAAAUGCAUUUUCAUGUAACACGAGUGCAAAGUUGUAACAGGAAUGCAAAUUACAAAUAGCGCGUGCACGCUUUGAAAGUUCGUCUGUCUUGACUUCUGUGAUGUUCUUUUUCAUGUACUUUAUUAAAAGCAGUAACAUGGUUUCUCAUGCUUUCGUGAUAAGCACUUGAAAAUUUUUCAAAGACUACAAAUUUCACUUGACCUGCGGGCUCGUGCAAUUAUCUUGUCUUUGAAAAAUUUCCUCGUGCUUACCAAUACCAAAUUGCACUCCAAAUCAUUUUAUCAUCUGUACUUACAGAAAAGGAAAGUCUACCGUGUGUGUGAUAUUAUUCGACUAACACUAUGCAACCAUGAUCGAGAACCGGCUUUUAAUACCCUCGUCUAUUUUCGUCAAGUGUCUAUAGUGUAUUUUCUAUAUAUAUUUUUGUCGUUUGAUUCCGCGUUUGCGAAAAUGAAGCCAUCGAAAAGAGGCCGUCCUGCACAAUGGAAAGCCACCAUAUUAUAUGGUUUGUUAGAUCAAUUCUAAAAGCCUUGGGAUAAGUGACGAAUUUAUUCGAAGAAGGCGAAGCACUUCUUUUACGAAUCCUUUCUUUGCGUCUUGUGAAUGGCGUUUCACCGACACGAAUAAAUGUAUUUUAGAAUUCGAAGGUCUCCGUCUCUUUGUAAUACAAUUCGACGUUAAGGAUCGAGUCCCUGUUAAAUCUCUUGCUUUUGUACACUUUUGUCAAGUAUAUAACUUCUGAGUCUGAUAUUUCAGCCGCGAAUAGCGAUUGUACCGUGGCAAGAGAAUAUGUAUUGUCUUGAUCGUGGCUCAAAGUAGCUGUUUGGCCGUCUUACAAAUUCUUCAAUUUUGCCUUUGGCUCUGUCCUACAGACCGGAAACGUCGUCCAUUAUGAGCGAUUUAGUUUAGUUUUUCAGUGUCGUAAAACCGAAACCAAAGUAAUCACAACGGCCAAUCAAAAGAAAGAAAAAUAUCACGGACAGCCAAUGAGAACUCAUAGUAAAAACAACCAAACUGCCUAAAGCGCGGGAAAACGCAGCCGACCAAGUCGUGUUUAGUGUUAGUUUUACAUCUGAUCGGUUGAGUGGCACGAGUUUUAAUUCCUGGACCAAUCACAAUAGGAGGUAAAGCAAAACCAAUGAAAUCUCUGAUUACUUUCGACAUUCAGUUGAAAAUUCGUCGAUUGAGGCACUGGCCUGGUGAGAGAUUGGCGCGAGUUUGAUGAGCACUCAUAGAGCAAAGAGAAGCGAUACUGGUGCAGUCCGGUCCAGUCCCUAUAGACAUUAGGUUGAAAAUUGCCUUUUCUCCAAUGCACUGGAUACUAAGUUGAAAAUUUCCUUUUUCUCGCAGCAAACCUUUGUUUACGAUUCAAAAGUGUGGUCUUCAAUGUCUUCAGUCUCUCCCGAAAAUGGAGAUACCGGAUUGGAUCACCUGGAGACCCUGUUACCAACCUACUGGAGCACGUCCUUUUCCAAGAUAUGCCUUGGCAUGAAGAUCGAUGGAGUAACCAGGUUCUUGCGGCUGCAUCAGAAAGCAGACUCGUUGUAUGCCCUCAUUGGUGACGGUCAAUACCGUGCUACCUCGCUGGGUCGUGAUGUAUGGAAGAAGCUGAUUGGUCCCAAUGCCUCCCUUCAACGCAACUGUAAUCAAGAAGGCUUCAGUUCGCGUGUGACUAGUACCGGUCAUACUCGGGUUCGAAUUGGAAUCAUCUCUAAUCAAGAAGGAGAUUGUCAUACCCCUGAUUCCUUUAUCGGAUUUGGUGCAGGAGGGUCAGGAUUCAAAAACGCGUGUGGAAACGGAGCCUCGUGGGGUCCGGACAACGGAGACAAAAAUAUCAAGGCAUUUGGAUACAUUUUCGUUCAGUAAAGACGCUGAACUGCUCUGCUCAAGUAAAAAGUUGUAUGCGACAUGGAGCAAGCUCUUAUUUCAGUAAUGGGGAUUUAAGACGUCGGGUUUCGCUUCUGCUAUGAAAUACACGAACAAUAAAAGUGGGUUAAUGAAUGAAAAUAUUGUCUCUUGUAUUUUUGAGUUGAGUUGUAGAAGAAUCUGUCUUUUAGGUGUAUAACUUUCACUCCCUCCGAGAAGUUACUUUUCCUUAAACCAUAUUAACAUACUGUCUUUAUGAGUGCUUUUCCUCUCUUGACAACACAAUUCGUUUAGUAAGG